GUMGUUGCGCAAGCGCGGCUCUUUGAACGUGCAUGAAUGAGGAGUGAGGAAAGCUCAGGAGCUUUGGGAGUACUGGGACUGAGGCGAACUCAGACCGGAUCAGACAUGGAAGGACAGAGCUGCAACAACAUCUGCUCCUGGACGCAUAAACCCGCUACGGACUCCAAGAAGAAGAAAAAGGAAAUCCCGGAGAUGGUGACUUUGAAGAAGGAGAUCGGGCUGCUGAGUGCCUGCACAAUCAUCAUAGGAAACAUCAUUGGCUCUGGGAUCUUUAUUUCUCCAAAGGGGGUCCUGGAGCACUCUGGUUCAGUGGGUUUGGCUUUGGUGGUGUGGACACUGGGAGGCUGUGUUGCUGCUCUAGGUUCAAUGUGCUACGCUGAGUUGGGUGUCACCAUUCCCAAAUCUGGCGGCGACUACUCCUAUGUGACAGAGAUAUUUGGUGGGCUGACAGGGUUUCUGUUGUUGUGGAGCGCAGUCCUCAUCAUGUACCCAACAACCCUGGCUGUUAUUGCCCUUACUUUCUCCAGCUAUGUGCUGCAGCCUGUCUUCCAAAACUGUGCUCCUCCAUACAUGGCAACACGACUUUUAUCUGCAACGUGUCUAUUAUUGCUGACCUGGGUGAACUGCUCCAGUGUCCGUAUGGCCACCAGAAUCCAGGAUGUUUUCACAGUGGGAAAACUUAUGGCUUUGUGUCUCAUCAUUGUUGUGGGUUUGGUACAGAUCUUCAAUGGAAACUAUGAGGCACUGACUACUAAGGUGACCUUUUCCAUGGACAAGCCACCAUCCAUUGGACAGGUUGCUCUGGCAUUCCUGCAGGCCUCUUUUGCCUUCAGUGGSUGGAACUUUCUCAAUUACGUUACUGAAGAGGUGGUUGACCCCAGACGGAAUCUACCUCGCGCCAUCUACAUCUCCAUUCCACUGGUGACGUUUGUGUACACGCUCACCAACAUCGCCUACUUUUCUUCCAUGUCACCCGAGGAGCUGCUGUCCUCCAAUGCUGUGGCUGUUACAUUUGGUGAGAAACUACUUGGAGUCUUUGCUAUCAUUAUGCCCUUCUCAGUGGCUCUGUCCACGUUUGGGGGAAUCAAUGGCUACCUGUUCACCUCUUCAAGGUUGUGUUUCUCAGGAGCCAGAGAGGGACAUCUUCCCAGCCUGCUAGCUAUGAUUCACUACAAGAAAUGUACGCCCAUCCCAGCCCUCCUGGUUUGCGUAUGUAUAGUAACACAGUCACAUCAU